CACCUGAGGACUGCACCUGUCCGAUAUGUCUGUCGGUGAUGAAUGACCCCCACCUGACCUCCUGCUGUGGCCAGCACUACUGCCACUCCUGCAUUGCCCGCAUUAAGGACAUGAACCAACCGUGCCCAAUUUGCAAAGUGGACGAUUUCUCCACGCUGUUCGACAGGCAACUCCGCAACCGGAUAUUUGCUCUGGACGUGUACUGCCCGAUG